CGACAUCGUCAAUAUACACGAAGGCGAUGCACUUCAGCUUAAUUGUACGGCAUCUAACGGAAUUCCAGAGGCAAAUAUUACAUGGUUCUUUGACAACAAGACACCAAAUUUCUACAGGGAUGAUAUUCCUAUUAUGAAUUCGACAGAAAGCAAGACCUUUGACAAUGAUGAUAAUACAAAAACUGUCACCAGCUGUCUUAAAUACAGUGUGACGAGGCAAAAUCAUCUAAUGGGAGUGUAUUGCAAUGCCAGUAAUAUGGAAAACGACCUCCUUUCUAGCAGAAAGAUUGCUCUGAAUGUUAUAUAUGUACCGGAAGGUGGCAUUUUGAUCGCAAAUAAUACUUACUUUAUGAUACGCAACUCGGAAACGAUCCAACAGCUGCAAUGCUCUGUGAUCGGUGGCAAUCCGCUAGCAAAUCUCUUUUGGACAUGCUACAAUGGAAAUCAAACUUACAGCAACCUCACAGACAGGGCAGUUAGUACUGUGACUUGGAAAGCUGGAUAUAAUACAGAGUCCACCUGCAGCUGUGCUGCUUCGCAUGAAAUGGACUGGUAUGAUGUGAAAAAUGUCACAGUGAAAGUCCUAUACCCACCGUUGGCACCUCUAUGCAAAGUUGGAAACUCCAAAAUUGCACCUGGAACUUUGAACGUUUCCUUGUCUUCCAAUCUUACUUUGAGCUGUAAUAGCGAAGCGAACCCAGAACCGAAUUAUUUUAGAUGGAGUUCUACAAGUGGAAAAACGACACCAGGCCCUAACUUGUCGAUGUCAUACGUUCAAGUUGAAGAUGGUGGAUCCUAUAUAUUGUCGAUACAAAACUCAAUGUUGCCAAGUGUUGGAAAUCGACAGAAUGGAAUGAGAAAUGAUACGUUCAAAAUCAAUGUUCACUGUAAGCAGUUUGAUUGGUUACUGAUAUUGAAAUUUGUAGCUUUAGAAGCAUAA